ACCCUGUUAGUAUCCUCCCAAAAUACUAAACGUCAAGAUUGUGGUAGAGAAAGUUGAUGGUUUUUUGAAGAGAGGCAGGGCAGAGGAAGCGGCAGGGAAGAAGGGCUAUUUCUGUGUUGUAUUCUUGUUGCAUUUAGAAAUGACGCAGAAGGGAGAUUUGUUCAAAGGUCGUCAAAAGAAAGUUCAAGCUGCGGGCCGACAUGGCAAAGGCAUUAAAGUCCGAAAAGGGAAGACGUUCAAAGAGCCUUCAAAGAAAACCAGUGCUAUGGAGCUCAAUACUGAGAUAACCAAGUUCAUCAAUCAAGCAAAUGAGAUAAAGGCUGCAACUGUUGCGAGCAAAGAAGGUGCCCAGUUGCAUAUAGUAAAGCCACCACAAGUGGUUGCAGGAAAUUCCAAAAAGAAAUGAUUUUGGCUGGAAAUCGCAAAGAGCAGUCAAACUGUGAUAAGGUGAUGAGCAUAAAAUAUUUCACAAUAUUUAGCCUUAAGUAUGAUAAAUUUUUACAGUUACUGAAGCUCAUAUUUUAAACAUAAACUUAGUUCCUGAGGGAGGUGGGAAUACUAAUAGAUUAGGUUUGAUUAAUUGGUAUCAAAUGAACCAGUGAGAGCAUAAGUAAAAUAGCUUGGCUAAAUUUUCUAAUGUAUAUUUUUUCAAAUUUGUUCUAAAAUAUCAAAGUUACUUUAUCUAUUAUUCA